AUGCAGGAAAUGUGGAUGAAUGUUUUGCUGAAACAAUAAAGUUACUACAAAAAGAGCAAUCCAAAAAUAUUAUAAGUAAUUUAACAUUCGCUGCUAAAAAUCUAAUAAAAAUUAGAACUUAAUUAAGUAUUUCUUCUUCUUAUAAUACUAUAAUAUAAUCAUUAUAAAUAUCUAUUUAAAAAUCUGCUUUAAAAGGCUGUUAUGCUUAUAGUGAAGAUUUUUAUAAAGAAAUAAUUCGUGAAAACGCUGAAAAAAUAGGAUUCUAUUUAUUGCCUACAUUACUUAAAUAUUCUAAAAGUCAUUAAAACGGAGGAGCUAAAGAUAGAUAUAGAAAUAUGA